UUUGUUUACUUACUUAAUGACUGAUUACCGAGACGCGAACUUUACUUCAGAUUGGCGUUACCAUGGAGAGCGUGACGCUUGUUGAUAACCAGGAAGACGCUGCCCUGGUGUGGUGGCAAGGAGGAAAGAAAUGGACGAUAACUUUCAGCUCGGAGAUUUUGGAGCGAUAAAAAAUGUUGCAAAGUCUGGACGAAGAGCUCGCCUUGCAGCAGACCAAUCAUCGUUUGAAGAUUCUCGUUACGUAAGGAAGUCCUCCACAUCUGCAUCAAUGGGAGAAGAGGACGAUGAGGGCCCUCCCCCUAAACCGGCCCGGCGGCAGGGUGGCUGGGCAGAAGAAAUCUCUGGGUCUGGUUCUGCCAAAUCUUCAAGAAGGCCUGCAGCUGAAGACCUGGAAGACCGCCGCCUGCGACCACAAACUCCCCAGGGAUCAGAUGAUGAAGGAGAUAUUCCAGUGAUUCCAGACCUCGAAGAAGUACAGGAAGAAGAUCUCACCAUGCAAAUUGCAGCUCCACCAAGCAUCCAGGUAAACCGGGUAAUGACCUACAGAGAUCUGGACAAUGAUCUAAAGCAUUAUUCUGCUUUCCAGACCUUAGAUGGAGAGAUUGACUUGAAGCUCCUCACCAAGGUUUUAGCGCCAGAGCAGGAGGUGAAAGAGGAUGAUGUGAGCUGGGACUGGGAUCAUCUGUUUACAGAGGUGUCCUCAGAGCUGCUGAUGGAAUGGGAUCAAGGAGAGAGUGAGGAGCAGGCUGCGUUGCCUGUAACAUGAGGAGGAGGUUUGGACUGGGACUUUAAAUGGCUCCAGUGGGAACUGGCUGAAUGGCCAUUACACAGAAGGGCCAGUGACUUUGGUUAUAGUAACUUUAAUUACUGUUUGUUAUCCAGAAUUUAUAUUUUGUAAAGUGUAUAGAGUGUUUCAUGAAUUUUCUAAAUAAAGUUCACUGUGCAGUGAACAGUGCUGUGUUGUCUUACCUUAGGUUUUUUUUUGUUUAGGUUUUUGGAAUUUCACUCUUAUUUUUUGGUUAGUUUCUAACUUAAACAGCCAAAAGGCAAACUAAUUUAGUAUAAAAA